AUGGAUGCCUCGCCGCUGCUCCGCUGGCUGCUGCGCUUCAGAGGGUUCCGGGAGCGCCUCCUCGCCGACGACCUCUUCCUCGCCAAGCUCGCCAUGGAGAUGGGCGUCGGCAUGAUCGCCAAGACAGCUGCCGAGUACGAGAAGAGACGGGAGAACUUCGUCAAAGAGAUUGACAUCGUCAUCGCUGAUGUGGUCAUGGCAAUUGUUGCAGAUUUCAUGCUUGUAUAUCUUCCAGCACCAACUGUAUCUCUGCAGCCACCACUUGCAAGAAAUGCUGGGCUUAUCACUAGUUUUUUCCACAACUGCCCAGACAAUGCUUUCCAAAUUGCUUUGGCUGGAAGAUCAUUCUCAAUUCUGCAGAGGCUAGGAGCUAUUGUGAAAAAUGGUGCAAAGCUUUUUGCAGUCGGAACUGGUGCUUCUCUGGUUGGUACUGGUGUCACGAAUGCACUGAUCAAAGCAAGGAAGGCUGUUGACAAGGACCUUGACGAUGAAAUUGACGAUAUUCCAGUUGUGUCAACUAGUAUUGCCUAUGGUAUAUAUAUGGCAGUUUCUAGUAACCUCAGGUACCAGAUUCUGUCUGGUGUAAUCGAGCAGAGGAUGCUGGAGCCUGUACUACACAAACAAAAGCUUCUGCUGAGUGCCCUCUGCUUCGCUGUUCGGACAGGGAACACAUUCUUGGGUUCUUUACUAUGGGUGGACUAUGCCAGGAUGGUAGGUGUUCAAAAGGCCGAAGAGGAGAUCUGA